UUCAUUUUUUACAUGUAAGUGAGAUGUGAUCGGAUUGUUAAGAUUUAUGCAGACUAACAAAAUACGGCAUAAUUGUCCCUAGAAAGAUAAACGUAAAUCACUCUUGAUAACUGUCUAUAUAAUUUGACCCCGCUUCCACCCCGCUUAUACUUAUAGCGGUGUGUCUAGACAGAAUAAAGAGCACUCAACUCCUCAGGCUGCCAUUGUCAUCGAUCUGUCUUAAUUGUCCGAAGUGUUCCGGCUACUCGUCUCAGUUCAUUCCCUUACAAAUAGCUGCAUCCACGGCCUUGGAUAGGAUGAUGUGAGAGAUUUGACUGUCUCCAGCCAUACUCUUGCUUAGCUGCUCAGAGUCAAACUGCCCAUAAUCGAGCGCGGGUGUUUUGAUGCUGCCCCCACCAGCUAGCAUGCCUCUUGCUUCUUGUACCGCCUCGUCAAUGCCGAAAUGGGCAAUAAAACAUGUCUCUGGUGGCUCCUGGCCUUGUGAACCUGUGAGCCAGAUAAUGCAGAGAAGUUUGUCUAAAAAGAUCUCUCUCCUUUUGGUGAUUGUCGCCGUCAUCAUUCUUGUCCAGCCGUACAAGGUACAGUUCUCAGGAACAAUGAUGUCAUCCAGCAGGUCAAUGGCUAGUCUAAGAGCACCGAUCUUCAAGUCAGUGACAGGGAGAGAGACAGUAAAAAAGUCAAGCAUCAAAGGGAAACAGACUAAUGGAAACACCACGAGACCGACGACACCACGUCCGGCUACGAUUCAGCCUUGCAUCUCAUGCACAAGCAAUUACUCAACUGCCGAGGUGGUCAAUGUGAGGGGUACGUACAAGGUCAAUGACGUCAUACAGAUCCGCAUCAUCGCCCGCGAUGGUCAAGGCGUCCCCAAGCGUUCAGGUGGCGACUACUUCCGGGUCAAGCUCUACACGAAAGAGACCGAGUCGUCUUCAAGCAUUGAUGUCACAAAUGACCUCGGAAAUGGCACGUACUCCGCCGAAGUCACACUCCGAUGGCCAGGCAAGGUCAGGGUCAUUGCGACCCUGGUGCAUCCCCGUGAGGCCGUAGACAUUCUAAAGAGGAUCCGAAACAUUGAACCUGGAAGAACUGUAUUCCUCGGCCGCUACUCCAAGAAGGUGAACUCGACAGAGGUCAACGAAGAUCUCACAUGCCUUCUCAAAGUCAUCGCCAAUAAAUCGCUUUGUAACUACACGGAUGAACGAACAGGAUACCCCUGGUUCUGUGUAGCGCCCUCUAAGAAAGAGCUCACCUGCAAGGACUGGUUCUCGUAUCAGAUACAUCAGUCGUUGUCUUCCAAGUACACUUUAGAUGCACUCAAAAAAGGGGAGUAUGAUGUUUUCAAAACACACAAACUACCGAUAACAAUCCUGACUCCGGAGUUAAAUGUUGCCGAUAAAAAUGAUGGUUGGCAACUUGCCCAGGAAACUUAUCAGAAGUCUCUUCCAUCUUGUUUACCGGGACAGCAUCUUUACAACAAAGUUCCAUCAGGGUUUUACCAUCAUAACAUAUGGUACUCCGACCAAUGUCACAUCCGCCGAUUGAGCAAGAAGUCUGCUUUGGAGUGUCUUCGCAACAAGGAUAUCCAUAUAUACGGCGAUUCGACGGCGCGGCAGUUGUAUGAAUAUCUUUCACUGCAUUACCGACCCGACCUAGUAGGUUCAGAACCUGAAUUUGCCAGCCAAGCAAGGUCGGGUCCUCUGACCGCAAAGGACGGAAAGCGGAACAUCUCAGUGCAUUUCAAAGCUCAUGGGUUUCCUCUCCGUCCCACGAUCAUGACAAGAAGAGACACUGCAAGUUACAUCGUCAAUGAACUAGACGAUUUGAAAGUGAAUGCUCGGUCAGUUAUCCUCCUUUCCCUUUCUCAGCAUUUUACAACUUUCCCCCUAAGUUUGUACGAGCAGAGGAUUAGAGACAUCAAAGACGCUGUUCGCAGACUACACGUCAGAAGUCCAAGAACGAUGGUGAUUAUUAAAAGUGCUAACACGAGAGAGCACAGUCAGGUCAUUCAUCAACUGCAAAACAGUGAAUGGUACAUCAGAUCGUUGGACCUCUCCUUGAGGGCGCUCUUCAGCGAUUAUCCUUCUGUGGCUUUCAUUGAUGCCUGGGACAUGACUAUUGCUCAAAACUUCGUUUCCAACGUUCAUCCUCACAAAACAGUCGUGAACAGUAUGAAUGAUCAGUUAAUUUCAUUUAUCUGCCCGGUACCGUAGAUAAAGAGACACAAAACAACAUUAGGCAGAAAAGGAGGUUGCAAUACUGUAGGACCUCUCUCUCACUUGUUAUGGCUGUGGUACUUUUUGUGAGAUUUCACGUAAAUAUACAAUGAUCUUCAAUAAUCUAUAUUGCAGUUCACUUUAUUUAGCAAAUCUAUUUAUCGAAGAUAUUCCCUAUUCUUUUAUCUAAUAUUUUUUCCCUAUUUUAUCCUCCCUUUAGUCUUUCCUCCCUCUCCCCUUCUCUUCUUCUACGCGUAUCUUUUUCCCUCUUUAUUGUUUAUAAGAUUCAUGAUUUCUCUAUUCCUUGAAUGUCAGUAGUGACAUCACAUUUAUCUUUUUUUCUUUCUUUUUUCUCCUUAUAAGCUAAUAGUUUUACUGGGUAUCACUAUACGUGUGCAUGCAAGUUUAUUGCCUAUUGGUGUAUUGUCAAAUCUUUACUUACUUGUACCAAGGACAUAAUCUUUAAUAUGUUGUUGUUAUAUUGCACCUAUCCUCUAAUAGCUUUGAUUUUAUUGUUAUUCAGUGUAAUAUACUAUAUACUUUACCUCGUGCAAUAUCUUUUUGAUAAUAUUAUCCUUGUACUUUUAGGAUGUUACAAUCCGUGAUAUGUCAUGUUACUCUUGCUUUGUGUGAAUCCCCUUUUCCUUCCUCUUCUCUUUGGUUCUCAUCUUGUUCCCUUUUCUUUCUGUUUUCUUACCUUUUUCCUCUGCUGUUAUCACCUCUUUUUUUUCCUUUCUUCGCACAAUACAUAAUUUGCCAGUUUUUACAUGUACUGUGAUGCUUUGGUAGUAACAGUGAAUAUAACAUUUUAAAAAUCUGCAUAUUGUCCUUUUGAGUUACAAAAUUAUUUGCAUUGAACUUGGAUGUAUUGCGGGAUUGGCAUAACUUUACUCUUUUGACUGUCUAAAAAUUAACGAAAUUUUUUAAUGACUCUAAUAUAUUAUAUUUUCAAACUGUUUUUUUUUUAAUUUAUUUUUUAAAAAUCAUACUUCAACUUCAGGUGCACUAGGGAGAGACUAGCAUUCCCUUUUCCUGUUUUGAAUGAAAACAUACCUCAAGACUGUACAAUUUUCCUCUCUUUCUACUUUUCUUUUUCUACUCUGUCCUUCUCUACCCCUCUCCUCCAAUCUUUCGUAUAUUCUCUGAUCAACUUUUCUUUCAUUCUUCUUCUUCCUUCUCUUCCUCUUUCUAGUUCCGUCUCUCCCUCUCUCUCUCUCUCUUUCUCUCUCUCCUUUUUGUAACCUUUGAUGACACAUAAGUCUUUUAAUGUUUUUAAUAUUUGUAAUAUAUUUAGAUUCUGAUGUCAAAUUGAGUUUCAUUUUGUUUCAUAAUGCAUGAUUUAUGGGUCGUACGUUUUUAGACAUUCAUAUUUUGAUCGUUGAAUGUGUUUUACAUUGACUUUGUAAAUUGAGCAAUCUCAGCUUCCCAGCUGCACGUUCUUUUAUUGCAAUAAACCGAAUCAAAUCAAAUUUAAAAAAACUGCAAAUCUACCCACCUAAGGAAAUAUAAAACAUCAUAGUCCUCCUUAGUCAAAACAACUGCGUUUUUCAUAACUGGCACCAUCUUCCUAUACAAAUGGCUUCGAUAAUGAAAUAAUGGCCUUACACGAAGACACUUUUCCAUCGAUAUCCAAACACGCGGGACACUGCACUAUUUACUGAUAUUGAAUUAAGAUCGUAAUGAGUCAGUCUAUUAUUACGAUGUUCAAGGUUACAUCACAUUAAAAUUUACACGUCAUCCGAAUUAGAAGAGUUAAUACAAUUUAUCUAUGUAUUUUUCGAUCCCCUUUUACCAGGCCAAAGUUAAAUGGGUUUUUUUUUUGUAGGCGUUUUAUAUUUCUAUACUAUUUCAGAUCACGUAUAUUGUUUGUAUCAAUUGCAUAUUUCCUUAUCUAUUUCAAAAUUAAAUUAAUUGAUUUCAUCAAUUUAGUGAAUCUAGCUGUAGCCCUAUAUCAGUAAUGACGCGCUUGGUAAUAAUGGUAUCAUAGUGACAGGUGAAUAGAGUUAACGGCUAAGAAUGCACCCAUACAACACUUCUCUUUCUUUUUCUUUUUUUCUUUUUUUUUGCGUAACUGAUUUGAUUAUACUGAGUCAAUUUGGUAAGCAGGAGAUUAUAAAAAAACAUCAUUAUACACUUCAUAUUGUUUUCUGUUAGAUAAAUAGCUCUCAAACCAUGACGGUGCAACCCCACGAAUUCCAUAAUAGUAAAGCCUUUUCAGUGACAUUGUGUGGUCCAGUGUAUCAAAGACUUGAUAAAUCCAUGAAUACUCCUAUUACAUGUUCUUUAUUGGCCUUAAAGGUAAAGACCAGCGUUGGAAACGCCCCAA